AUGGGAGCUCCUUCUUCAAACUCGCAGGUGCAGGUAGAGACCAUCAAACCCGGAGACGGCAAAAACUUCCCGGUUGCUGGCGACAAAGUUAAGAUCCAUUACGUCGGAACUCUUGAAUCCAAGGAUGGUAAGAAAUUCGACUCAUCCCGAGAUCGCGGAAGGCCAUUCGAGUGCCAGAUCGGCGUUGGACAAGUGAUCAAGGCUUGGGACCAAGGCGUGAUCCAAUUGAGUAUUGGACAAGAAGCCUACUUCAAAUGUCCUCCCGAAAUCACUUAUGGCGCAGCUGGUUGUAAUGGCGUCAUCCCUCCUAAUGCUACACUUUAUUUCAAAGUCGAAUUGCUGGAAUUCGGUACUUCCUUCCCAAGAUUAAUGGCAAGUCGUCAGUGA